GAGCAGACAGAGGAGUGCGUAAAUCGCGUCUUAUAAGUCUUCAUUUUGGAGACACAGUGGCAUUUGGCAACUGGGAAUUGAGGAUUCUACUGCUACACAGGAAUUUCCGGUAUCGUUUACGUAUUAUUUUUGUUGUUGUUUUUGUUGUAAAGGUGUUUGGAUUGGACCGGAACCAGAGAGAGAGAGAGAGAUGGGGGACCGGCGCGGGAAGUUCCUCUCUCCCCGCGUCUCCAAGGGAACACUGCAGCUCCGCGUGAUCUUUCUGGACAACAGCGAGCGCGUGUUUGAGGUCGAGCAAAGGAUCAUGGGAUGUGACUUCUUCAACAAGGUGUGUGGCCACCUCAAGCUAUUGGAGAGAGAAUACUUUGGACUGGAGUUCAGACAUCACACUGGUAGUUAUGUGUGGCUGGAACAGUUGAAACCUCUUACCAGUCAGAUAAAGAACACCAGUGAUCUGUUCUUCAGAUUCAUUGUCAAGUUCUUUCCUCCAGACCCAGGACAGCUGCAGAGAAGACUCACAAGGUAUCUGUUUUCUCUCCAGAUAAAGCAGGACCUCUCGACAGGCAGUCUUACCUGUAAUGACAACAGCGCCGCCCUGCUGGUCUCCCAUAUACUGCAGUCAGAGCUGGGAGACUACAAGGAGGAGUUGGACAUCCACCAUCUAGAGAUGAGAAGAUACGUCCCUAACCAGGAAUACCUGGACCACAAAAUUAUGAAGUUCCACAGGAAACACAGGGGUCACUCUCCUGCGGACUCAGACGUCCAUCUGUUGGAGGUUGCUAGGAAACUGGACAUGUACGGUAUCCGCCCCCACCCUGCCCACGAUGGCGAGGGCAUAAGACUCAACCUGGCCGUCACACACUCUGGGGUACUGGUGUUCCAGGGCAACACUAAGAUCAACACGUUCAGCUGGGCCAAGAUCCGUAAACUGAGCUUCAAGAGGAAACACUUCCUCAUCAAACUACACGACCAAAUAGGGCCGUCCCGUAAGGACACGGUAGAGUUUGCGAUGGCGAGUCGAGACGUUUCUAAGUCUUUCUGGAAGACCUGCGUUGAGUACCAUGCCUUCUUCAGACUGGCCAAAGAGCCCCAGUCACGCAGCAAGACUCUGCUGUCCAGCAAAGGAUCCAGCUUCAGAUACAGGCACGUACACACAUACAGACACACUGGGUACAGACACACUGGGUACAGACACACUGGGUACAGACACACAUACAGACACACUGGGUACAGACAUUGA